AGUAAAGGUGGUCAUAGCAUGGCCGACAUUGAAUACACCUGGGGCAAAGGUGCCGGGUCCAUUGGCUACUCUAAAUCAUUUGAACAUGGUGACCAUCAAUUAGUUGAGGCCGUUAAUCGUGUUGAAACUGUUUCAUUGUCAUCAGGACAAUAUUCGCGAAUUAUGGCUGCUUUUAAAUUCAACCCUAAAAAUUAAAGCCUUUAUCGGAUUAUGACUACACCUACUUUCCAGUAGUAUAUCCAGUUAAUUUUUGAAUAUUUUUUGACUUUGUUAAUCUUAAAAUUAUCAUAAAUGUUUGCAGGCUAAUUAUAAUAAAUUCUAAAAGUUAAUUUUUUAAUAACUAA